AUGCUUAGCAGAAUUAGCUUUGGGGUAAUUAAUAAAUUAAAGAUUGAUAAAUCUUCAACUUUAGUGUUAAAAACCAAUAAUAAUAAUAAUAAAUUUAUAAUUAAUCAAUUCCAAUUAUUAAACAACACAAAUAAAAAUAAUAUCAAUCAAUUUGGAAAAAGAUCUUUUUGCUCUUCCAGUAAACCAGAACCACCAAAAAAUGAAUCAAAACUAUUUAAUUUAAUGUCUGGAAAAACCUAUUCAAAAUUCUAUAAUAAAGAUAAAGGAACAUUUUCAUUAUCAAAUCAUUUCCUUUUAAUCUUUGGUAUUAGUUGUAUUGCUUUUUCUCUACCAGCAUUCAUCAUGUAUUUCUUUGGUAAUGAUGGAACAUUGGACGAUGUAGAAGUAUUCAAAUUAAUGAAUUAUUACUUUAAUUUUUAUUUUCCAUUUAGAAUUGUAGAUCAAAAAGGUUAUAUUAAAAAUAUGGUAGAAAGAUAUAAAGAUAACACAAUUAGCGAAAUGGAUUUUAGAAGUAUUGAAGGGAUGAUUACAAAUCCAUCUCUUGAUCAUAUAGACUACCUCGAAAAAUAUGGUUUCUCAAAAGCUGUUUUUGAUAAAAUUUUAGAAAAGAAAGGUCAUUUAAACAAAAAUGAUAAAGAAAUGUACUUAGUACUCCUAAUGAUGAUGACAGGUAGAAGUGUACCAGACGAAGUUUUAAAAAAAACUGAUUUUGAAAGCACUUUUAAAGAUAAUACUACACAAAAUAGAAAUAUUUUAAUGGAAUAUGGAUCAAAGGCUAAAAGUAUGUUUGAAAUUAACAAAACUGAUUUACUAAUAUCAGCAUUAGUUGCAGCACCAAUUACUUCAUAUCUUGCAUUCCGUUUUAAACUUCCAAUGAUGUAUGUAUUCAGAUCGAUGAGCAGAAGUUCAUUUGUUACAGCAGCCCUUAUUUCAACCCCACUCAUAAAUAAAGCAUUCCAAUCCUUCUCUUUAUCUAAAAGCAAUGAAAUUGGACAACAUAUUAUUGCUACCAGAGUCGCUAAUAUUGCAUUUGGUUCAUUUUUAAUUUACUUGUCAACUUUACCCUUCAUCACAGUUUUAGCCCCAAUUUCACUCACUCUUUUUAUUACCAAAUCAAUUUCACUUUUGUUAUUUACAAGAGAAUUGAGAGCAAAAGCAAAAGAAAUAAAAGAAACCAAAAUAAAAGAAUAA